UGGGCGUGGCCGAAAGUGUCUGUAGGGAUAGUGUCCGUCGGCUUGACGCGCGUGAAUAAUUUUAUUAACUAAUUUAUAUAAACACAAAUGUGAUUGAUUAUAUAUUUAAAUUAACCUAGUUUUUAAAAAAAUAUGUUCCAAGAAGAUUUUAAAUAUUAUAAAUCCCGAACGAAAAGUCCUUCGCUCGAUGAUGUUAUCGAUUUUAGGGAAGAAAAAUUAAUUUUACAAAAUCCAAACAUAUCAAAAAUCCCAGUAACAGCUAAUCUAAUUGAUCAAGUCACAAACCCCUCUUUUUUCCUGAAGCCAAUCGAACAAUGGGAAAUAUAUGAAGUAACAAACAGACCAGGAUUAUUAUUUAUACAAAAUCCUUUCACCACACAUGGACAACGAUACUGGACUAUUCGAAGUUUAAAAGAAUACUCGCAGAAACCUAAUAAAAGCAAUAUUGACAACUUAAAUUUAUUGAACGAAAAUGAACAGUGGUGGUCUGUUUUAACAAAUUCAUCUACAGAUGUUAUAAGGAAGAAAAAGCUUACAAAAAAAAUGAGAUGGGUCACGUUGGGUUAUCAUCAUAAUUGGGACACUAAGGAAUACGAUUUUGACAAUAAAAAUAACUUUCCAGAUGAUUUGUUCAACUUGUGCAAACAUAUUGCCAGUAUGUUAUCAUUAUCUGAGGAUUAUCAAGCAGAAGCUGCUAUAAUAAAUUUCUACAGAGAAGGUGACACGUUGUCUGGACACACAGAUCAUUCUGAACCUUACAAAAUGGCACCGUUGAUAUCAUUAAGUUUUGGUCAAUCCUGCAUAUUCCUUUUAGGGGGCACCACCAAAGAAACUAAACCAACGGCAAUUAGAAUAAAUUCAGGAGACAUUUGCAUCUUAUCAGAGCAGGCACGAUUGUGUUACCAUGCAGUGCCCUUGAUUUUAAAAUCCGAUGAUAAACCAUGGCUUGAAAAGGAUGAAGAUGCAGUGCAGAUAUCUGCCGAAGAUUUAUUUGCUAAUAAAAUUGAUGUAGAUACUUAUGAAAAAUUGCUGGAUGAUACAUUUUUUAAACCGUUUGAGCAAUACUUGAAUGAAUGUAGAAUUAAUUUGAAUGUAAGGCAAGUUUUGCAUAAAAAAGUGUAA